AUGAUUUUCAACGUGUUCUACCAAAUCUUAUUAAUAUUAGUAAGCUUACUGCUCUCACUAAGCAAAGCCAACGAUCUUGUCGGUGAAGCAGUGAUUGAUGUUUGUAAGCGAGGCAAAACGGCAACUGGGCAAGCCGGCGGAAUCUUGUACGGAAUCCCGAACGAUCCCGCCUACUCUCCUGAUAAAGCACCAACGAUUCCAGUCGAUCUUCAGCUAGGUGCAGGCCUGACAAUGGUACGUGCAGGAGGAGCUCAAAUUCCAUUUCCGGGCUUUUCUUCAAGCAUUGCAGGAUACGAACAAAGAUUUGAAUCAACUUUGGAAAAUUAUCGUUCUGCUCGAGCACAAAAUGCAACGUUUGUCCUUUUGCCACAUGAUCUUUGGGGUGCAGACGGUAAAAGUCCUUCAACGGUUCGGUAUCCAUGUGAUAAUGGUAAUUGUUCAUUCUACGGCGAGUUCUUAGAUAGACUUACAGGGGAUCUAAAAAAGAAUAAUAUGACUGACGGUCUGAAAAUCGAUAUUUGGAACGAACCCGACAUCAGUUUGUUCUGGCCAGGAACUCAAGAUCAAUAUUUGCAAUCAUGGUCAUAUGCAUUUAGGAAGUACAGAUCUGCUUUAGGUCCCUCAGUCCCAUUGCAAGGUCCUGCAAGUUCAAGCCUACCUGCUUUGAAUAAUUCAUGGUGGACAAACUAUACAACUUACCUUUCCCUUCCGCAAAAUUGUGAUGUGAUUCCGGAUGUUUGGAGUUAUCAUCAUUUAUUCGGUAGAUAUUCACCGAAUUGCGGAAAUGAUCCAGUUGAUUCGCGAAAAAGUUUGAGUGAACUUUUAAAGAAGUAUAACAAACUCCCAAACGAUAUUGAAGUUCAAGUGAACGAAUACGGAACGUAUGACGGUGAACAAGUUCCAGCUUACACGGCUUGGUUCAUCAGUAGGUUUGAAAGAGCAAACAUAACUGCAGGCCGGGCCAAUUGGGGCUCCGGUCGCGGCUUGCAUGAUGAUUUGGCAAGGCUUCUUUUACCCGUUAACGAAGGUUUGGGCGGUUGGACAACAGCGGGUGAUUGGCACGUUUUGAAUUAUUACACAAAGACACAAUCGGGCGGAAGGAAGUUACAUAACAAAAGUACAAAGAGCAAAUGUUAUGAUACUUUUGCUACUUUGCACCCAAAGGAUCGUGCUAUUCAUAUCUUGGCAGGUACUCGUGGUCAAUCAGGCGAUUAUCCGAUCAUCAUUAAUGGCUUGCACACCUUGGGUGUCUCUUGCGUGAAUGCAAGUAUUCAUGAGAUCCCCUCCAAUAACGCAAGUACCGUCAUUUCACCAAAUCAAGUGAGCAAUACUCAAAUUUAUCUUAACAUGUAUGGCUCCAUCACUGUUCACUUGAACAUGACCACAGAUAGUGCAUACACGAUCGAUUUGACAUAUUGA